AUGUUAACAAUAAAAAAAUUUUUUGAGAAUAUUUUCGGGAGAGAAGAAUAUUUUGAGAACAAUCCAAAAUUAUAUAAGAAUUUUCUGUUUGGAUUAGCACCAGUCCAAAAUUCUUUAUCCUUCAUUCAGUCUGAGAUUAUUAUUAGUGAUCGGCACGGGAUCCGGCCAGGGUUUUUCUGGAGCCGGAUCCCAAAUCCGAGUUUCUCUUCAAAAUAUUCCCAGUCAUCAAAAUUUUCCAACAAAAAAAACUACCUAGUUUAUGACCUGAUACUAUACAUAUCUAAUCCUUCAUCUACUUCAAAAAUCCCUUUUUUCUUCAAACCCCACAAUCCUUCGAAAUCCCCACAUUUUCUUCCAAAAUAUUCAAAUUUGUUCAAUUUUCAUCCUGCUUGUUUUUAUUUUCCUUUAAUUUAUUUGUUUUUCUUCAAAAAUUUAUUUAAAAAUUACAAUCAAUUUAAACCUAUUUAUUUCCCAUCCCCUUAUUUUUCUCUUCAAAAUAUUCCCAGUCAUCAAAUUUCCCUCAAAAAACCGCCAAUUUCCUCUACCACCAAAAAACGGCGCGAGUCAAUUCUCUCCCUUUAA